AGACGCUGCCCGGAUCAAGCCGCGAUGCGCGCGCGUAUUUUCUAGAGAACCGCCGUCUGCUGAAUCGAACCGUUUGUACUCUUCUGCUAGCUGUCUUCAGUCGCUGAUCAGCUGCCGAGGGGCUAGACGAUUGUUCUCCAAACAGGGGGGCGUCGCGCGUGUGUUCUGUGCGUGUGACGUAGUAGGCCGCGACCACCGACCAACCGAUCGACCGGUGUUAUUUCAGUGUGUCAAGUGCCUGGUUGUGCGAGUUUUAAUGUGGUUCUGGUAAAUUACAAUCGAAACCAGUGUGUGCGAGUGCGCGUUGUUCGGAGGAAGCAGGAACAUGAAUAGUGGUGCCACCUCAGCUGCCAUCCACCAGGAUUCGCUGACCUUGGAUGACAUGAAGGGAUUGGCGGUGGCAGCGGCGGCAGCGCGACAGGGGAAUCUCGUCGCCAAGAUGUCCAACGGUAGUAGCAACGGUGUUAAUGGCAACAGUGCCAAUAAUAACAAUAGUCCGAGUACUAACAACAAUAACAAAGUGACUACUAACAACAACAACAACAGCAACGGAGCAGGCGGCGGCGGCAGCAGCAGUCAAAAUGUGCUGUUUGCUAUGGCGACGGCUGCCGUGGUGUCCGCCGCCGAGAUCGAAGACAACAAGCUCGGCGCCAACGAUAAGGAGAAGCUGACCAAAGCGGUGAUGAAGGUGUUCGAAGAGUACAAGUGGACUCCGCCUACUAAUGUGGUCAAAUCGCCGACAGAUAAGAAGAAAAAUCACAUCAAACGACCGAUGAACGCGUUUAUGGUCUGGGCCCAGGCGGCACGACGGGAAAUGUCCAAGCAGGAACCCAAGCUGCAGAACUCGGAGAUCAGCAAGGAUCUGGGCAAGAUGUGGAAAAACCUUGCCGCCGAAGACAAACUGCCCUUCAUCGAGCAGGCGGAGAAGCUACGGAUGACACACAAGAGCCAACAUCCCGACUACAAGUACCAACCGCGCCGGAAAAAGUCCAAGAAGUUCGGCAAACACGGCAAGCACUGCUGCGACGAAGACUGCGAAGAUUCCAACAGCUCGCCACCGCCUGCUCCGAAGCCACGUGCGAAAAAGUCCGCCACCGGUGCCGCUGCAAACAAAUCGAAAGCGGUGGCAAACCAAACGAAGGCGGCUACUGCGAUUGUACUCGCCAACGCCAACUAUGAUUUCAUCAACCAGCAAGCGAUUCUGAGAGUUGCUCAACCUACGGCAGACUUGCCGACUCCCUCUUCGUCGACUUCAUCCGUCGAGCAAUACCCGGGGUACUCGAUGAAAACGGAAACCGGAAACCGAUACUACGGAAUGGGUCCGUGUGAGAUGGGCUCACCUUGCAGUCCGCAGAGCCCAAGCGCAGCCUCCAUCCAUUCCUCGACGGAAGGUCAACCACUCACACCGCCAACCACGCCGUACACCGGGCUGGCCAACGUCAAGUCCUUCUCGCCACAUUCCCGGCUGUCCAGCAACGACAGCCCCGUAGGUUACUUCACCCGUAACGACUACAUAACCGGAACGGCCACAGACUAUCGCACCACCGAACAGUGGAGCUACUCGGCCAACAGCCUUUCGUCUUCGUCGGCCUUCACAUCUCAAGCAUCCAGCAAAGACUUCUAUCGGAACUUCCCGAAUCAAAUGCACCAGCUGCACGAUUCGAAUUCCCUCUCUUCCUACCACCUUGCUCCUGCGACCCUCUCCUCCUCCCCAAUCCCCUCUCUCCCCCCGGAUUACUCCACCCUCACCUCGAUCCCCAACCAGAACUACAUGGUAUCCCCGUUGGACCAGGACCACGUCGACAUCGAGCAAUACCUGGACAGCCAAGCCGUUGUGAAGAGAUCCCUCACCGACACCAUCCUCCACCACCACCCAAAACACCAACUCUCCCCCUCCACUCAAACAAUAACACCCCUGGACGCCCUUGGCGCCAAUCCCACCGCCUCCGUCUCGUCCAUGGCGAUCGACCACCCUAGCGGCGCCGGUAGCCUCGCUCAAGGACCGUCCGCAUCGUCGGUCUACUACGAUUCGGCCGGAUCGUCGUCGUCUCCGUCGGUUCCGUCGGCGCAGCACCAGCACCAGCACCAGUCUCCGCAGCACCACACCACGCUUUACCAUCACCUGGAACAGCAGGCGGUGGCGGCGGCGGCGACAUCGGUGGCGACACAUCCGGCCCACCACCACCACCUGCACCAUCCCCAGGCGCAUCACCAUCCGCACUCGGGACAUCCCACGGGACACGGUGGCCAUCAUCAUCACCAACAUCCGGCGGCUACGAUGGCCGCCCAUCUGCCGUCGUACUUUAGCAGCUGGGGCUCGUCCGGGAAUUACGGGGCCAAUUCGUAAUCUAGUAGGCUUGGGGGGAUGAUAUAGUUAUGUUUAUCUAGAAUUAAGGAUUGAAAAGUUGGUUGAAGAACAGAACUGUAGUGUACAUAAGGAAAACAUAAGAACCAGUGAAGUCGUAUUUAAGCCGUUAGAAAAAUCAGGCCUACUUAGUAUUAGGUAAUUUUGCGGGGCGAUUGAAUCCAUUAAUCGAUGGCAGCUAUUUUUGGGAAGCUCCUGCUUCCAUCUCGAAUGUUUGUUAACCUUUUUCAAUAACCUACGGAAGUUAUCUUAAAAAUCUCAUGAACUAUGUUUGUUUCGGCAAUCUCCGGUCUCCUUUCAGAAAUUCAAGCAUGUCUUUCUGUGAAUCUCUGACAAUUUGUUCUAGUAAACUUUUUCUUGUAGUAGAUUCCUUCUGAAAUUUUCAAUUACCUACUAUAGGUAGGCCAUCAUCAUCAGAGCUUUCGAAGCUUGGAUUGGAAUUAUGCUCAAUUUGAAAAAUAGGCCUUUGAUCCUCAAUCUGCACAUUCUUUCGUCAGUCUGUCAAGAAUCGAUCACGCACCUUCAACUUUGAUAAAACCUUCGCGACAUAAACUUUGUCCAACGCAGAACAGCGAUAUCCUGCCAAGUGAUUUUGUGCGUUUUUGUGAGUUAGUCCACAUCAAAAGCUUCCGAUGUUGGAACCGUGUUCGCUUGAGAAAGACAAGCAAAUAUAGAUCCUUCAAAUCAACUUCCAAACGGUAGUCAAAAUUAAUGUAAAUGUUUCGUUUUCGAAGUAGGGUCUGGUACCAUUCGGGCAGAAGGACCUAUUUUGGGCACUUGCUGCUGUAACUAAGUAAAUUUUGAACCGAUUGACUCCUAUUUGAACACUUGAGAAUCAUACAGUAUCUAGCCACUAACAAAAAUUGAAGUCAAUUGAAUAAAAAAUUACUGUGCCAUAGCAGCAACUGAUCCAAAAUAGGUACCCCUGCCGAAAUAGUCCCAGACCCUACUAGCUAGGACGUUGAUAGUUUUAAAAUUAAGCUAAGUUGUAACGGUCAAACAAUUUUCUGUAGCUUAGCUUAGCUUAGCUUAGACUGACUGCACACAUCUAUGGUUGCUAUUCCGUGAUUGACCCGAACCAAUGACAGUUGCACAAUGAAUCAACUGAAUAAUUGACUGGGAGUGGUCAAUAUUCUCACUGUGCACGCUUCAGACUCUCUUUAAUGGUACAAUAACGGCGCCGGCCACGUCCUUGCAGUCAGGUUGGAAGAGGGAAGGAAUAUUAGUAACAACCUUUGUUAAGUGAAGGCCCGCGUUUACCGCUGCGACUCCACCAAAGGCUGCAGGAAGGAGUGUUUGUUAGUAGGAAAGGUAUCGUUGGGUCUGGAUUCACUUUGAUAAGUAAUAUGACCUUCGUUUCAUGCUGGUUGCCGCACUAUUGUUUGCUUUACGCGGAAAGCAAACAAUCGACCACCCGCAUCAGGUGGUCGCUUAAUAUUUCGAAUCGAACCGCGGAAGCAAGUCGCCAAAUAUUUAACUGCAAAUGACACGAACGAACAUGCUAGCUGAUGCACUAUUGUUCACUUCAUAUGAGAAGCAAACAGCUGAUCACCCACGUCAGGUGACCGUUCAGUGUUGCUACAAAAGACGCGACACAACGAAAUGCUCAUUUCCGAAUAGAGAAAAAGAAAAAUCGAACGACCAAAGCAAAAGCGCGCGACACCGGCACCCGGACGAAAUCUCCAUCACACACUCAACGGUCAAACAAUUUUCUGUAGUGUACUUUUUCAGUUUUUUUUUCUCACAAUAUUUAAAGUAAGAUGAACUUUUAAAUACAUACCUAUUCUGAAAAAAAAACUACUGCAUCUGCUCAUUCCCUUUUGGUGGAGCUAAACGUUCAAUUUCAACAUAGGGAAGUGGAACCACCUCGGCAGGGCUCCUAUUUUGGGCACUUUUCUGCUAUAUCUCAGCCAAUUUUGAACCAAGUGACACAAAUUUAGGAACGCUGUGAGAUACGUAUAGUAUCUAGCCGUGUACAAAAUUUCAAGUCAAUUGGUUUGGAAUUGACUGAGUUAUAGCGAAACGUGACCAAAAUACCGGCCACUGCCCAAAUGACUCACUACCUUAUCUCAAUCGAAAGCAUGUAAAUAGUAUAUUGUUUCUCUUAUAUGUUACAGUAAUGUAGAAUCAACUUAAUCAUCAUUCGCGCUGGAAGAGAUAAUUAGAUUUAAGAAAUAAAUUAUUUUGUCAAAACAUAAUAAAAAUGAGUUAAUCGUCAA